AUGGAUUUGGUCAAGACGAGAACGUGGACUUCCCUGACUCUCCUUCUCUCCUGUCUGGCCAUCUUCCGGAUUUGCCUGCAGGUGUUGUUCUUCUACACAACACUCUUCCUUCUCUCUUUGACAGAAAUAUCUUUAAUGAGUGGACAUUUUGCUAUUUGCAUGCUUAUCAAUGAUUUAGGACUCUGGUGUGCCACGUGGCUUGGUGUUUUCUACUGUGCCAAGAUUGCCAUCAUUGCUAACCCACUCUUCCGCUGGCUGAAGAAGAGGAUCUCCAAGCUGGUACCCUGGCUCAUCUUGAUGUCUCUGUUCUAUUCAUCCAUGAUUUCUGUUGGCCACAGCCAAUACACAUGGCUGAUUUCCAAAAAUAUACUGUUGCGGUAUCUCUCAAGAAAUGUCACAACCCUGAGCAAAGAAAUCUCUGCUUUCCCAUACAUCUUUCUUGUCAUGGGACUUGGACUGCCAUUGCUGAUAUUCCUAUUUGCUGUCCUUCUCCUCGUUGUCUCCCUUUGGAGACACUCCAGGAAGAUGAGUCGCAUGGUGGACAGAGCCGGGGACCUGACCAGAUGCUCCUACCUCAGCUCAAUGUCAUCUAUACUGUCCUUUCUCCUUCUCUACUUGUCACACUAUGUGGCUGGCUUCCUGAUUGCAUCUCAGAUCCUCCCGUCUGGGAGCCUCACCUUCCUGAAAGGGGUGGCCUGGCCUCAGGCCCCUCCACGAGCUCGCCGAGGGCCCUCCACCCGCACGCUCAGUCCCCCGCACGUACCCCCGGCGGUCGAGCUGCCACGCAGGCGCGGCGGCCCAGGGACUACCUUGCGCUGUCCCCAUUUGACCCCCUUAGCCCACCUGACCAAGCCAGAGCGCAGCCUCAACGGACCCCUAGGGACCCGCAAGGAAGAGGCCCCUGGAAGAGCGCGCUCACCCCUCUAG